GCCCCCCCCCUCAGUCUCCCCUUCCUCUGUCUACCCCUCCUUCCUCCCGUUCCCCUGUCUAUCCUUUUUUCCUCCCUCUCUUCCUCCCCUUCCUCUGUCUAUAGGAAGAAGAUGAGACAGAGUAGGAAGAGGAGUAUGGGGGAGGCAGAAGACUCUGAUGGAUCCAGUAAGAGAAAUCCCCCAGAGAGAUGUCCCCGUCCUCUGUAUUCCCGGGACUCCACACAGGAACAUCAGGAGGAUCAGGGUAAAAGCCUAUUUCAUGUUAAAGAUGAAGCAGAAGAGACGCAUAUGGAGGGUGAUGAGCCAUGUGAGGAAGACAAAAUCUCUCCAAAGAUCUGCACAGACCCCGGAGACAUCAAAAGCGAAGAGGAGGAACUACAAAUAAUAAUUAAAGAGGAAGAAGAGGAGAGGGAAAUCCCUCCAGAGAUCAGCACAGACACUGAAGACACCAGAGAGACUCCGAGAGACGUCAAAAGUGAGGUGGAAGAACUACAUAUAAUUAAAGAGGAAGAAGAGGAGGAAGUUCCUCCAGAGAUCAGCACAGACCCUGGAGAGACGCCAAGAGAUAUUGAUGAGGAGGAAGAAAGGGAAGAGGAGGAAAAAGAGGACGAAGUAAUCAAAGAUGAUGACAUUUUUCCAGAGAUCGGUACAGAUGGACGGUACACCAAGAUCCUGGAUCUGGAUCCUGAUCUUCCCAGUGUGGAUCCAUCGCUCCGUCCCACGGCCGCAAGGUGUCCUAAGAACUUCCCAUGCUCUGAGUGUGCAGAACGUUUUUCUAAGCGAUCAGAACUUCUUGCCCAUGAGCGAAUCCAUGUAAGGGAACGCCUUUUCUCCUGUUCUAAAUGCGGCAAAGUCUUUACCCAAAAAGCUCACCUGGUAAAACAUGAAAAGGUUCACUCCGAUGAGAGGCCAUACUCGUGUUCUGAGUGUGGAAAGUCCUUCUCAGAUACGGCCAUCCUGGCCCAGCACCAGAAGUUCCACUCAGGGGAGAAACCAUACCUAUGCUCGGAAUGUGACAAAUGUUUCACGCAGAAAGGCGAUCUUGUUAAACAUCUCCGAAUUCACACGGGGGAGAAACCAUUUUCCUGCUCGGAGUGCGGGAAGUGUUUUACGCAAAAAGGAGACCUCGUCAAACAUCUCAGGAUCCACACAGGACUGAAACCAUACAUCUGCUCUUACUGCAGCAAACCCUUCCCGGUCAAAGCCCGUCGGGAUCGGCACGAGUUAAUCCACACGGGGGAGAAACCCUAUUCCUGCUCCAUCUGUGGUAAACUUUUCGCCCUGAAAGAUUUCUUGGUCACGCAUGAAAGGACCCACACUGAUGAGAAGCCGUAUUCUUGUUCUGUGUGCGGGAAACGGUUCACCCAAAAGUCAAACCUGGCCACACACGAAAGGACUCACACAGGGGAGAAGCCCUUUUCCUGCUCGGUUUGCAGCAAGAGUUUCAAAAGGAAAACCUCUCUGAUCGCCCAUCAGUAUUUGCACCAGUGAGGGUGCGAUGAGAGACAAGGACACUUAUGACUUUUGGGACAAGCUGGUAGCAGGCUCGUCGGAACCCGACAGGCAAACCAAACAACUGCUUGGGGCCCCGAGCUGGCCUGGGGCCCCAGCAGGGC